AUGUCGAAAAAGUUUCAAUUUAUAAAACAAGAGCAACCAAAGUUUAUAACACAGUUUAAGAAAAAAGCUGGUUUAAUAAAAGAACCAGAGAUAGAUGACAAGAACCGACCUUCUGCUGAGCUUGACGAUAGAGAUGACAACGAUGAUGAACAGCCCGUGAUUGUUGUUUUAAAAGAUGGUGAUUUAAAUAAAAAAGAAUAUGAAAAGGAAAAAGAUACAGGUACUGUUGGUGGAAAAAUUGUGUUCAAACAGCCUGCUACCAAGCGUUCAGCAGAAGAAAAGGGACUUUCUGCUUCUUCAAAAAAGAUGAAAGCCAAUUCUAACCCAGAUAAAAAAGAUGAGCAAACCGAUAAGAAGACCAAAACUAAAAAAGGAACGAAAUCAAAAACAGCUCCUGUGUUAUCUUUUAAUGAAGAAGAAGAAGAUGAUGAUGUUUGA